AUGGCGACAGUCGGCGUUAUCUCUACCGCAGCCCCUGCGCGUCCCCAGCGGACAUCUCCCGAGGUCAUCGAUGUUGACGCCUUUGAAGAGGACGAGGUUCUUUUCCUUGGCUGUGGGUCAUCGCAGAGCCGACCUCCAGUUGAGCCUGGCCGCAGUGCAUCGGUGUCCUCUGUCGGGCUAAGCACUCAACCCAUUCUGAUUGUAGACAGCGAUGAGGAACAAGCGCCCCCACGAGCCAAUCGACGGCGCCUCAUAUCGCCUCCGCCUCGGCCUGUCUUUGGCAGAUUCACACCACCCGUCCCACCACUUCCUGCUCAAUUUGCUGGCCAGCAGUCGUUUCCAACGGGUGCUCGAAACAACCGGCCACAUCCGCCCAUUGUUCGCCCAAAUGCGCAGCCCUUUGCGUUCGAGGCAAGUUUGCGCCAAACACCACGACGCGUCCCCACCCCAGUCGAUUUGAUGCCAGCCGCGGCGCCUCGCUCCAACCACCAGCCUGCGAUGGGCUUUGGCGGCGCUCUUAUCGCCAUGAAUCGACAGAACGCCAUUGCAGAAGCGAAUCGACAACGUGAGGAAGAAGAGAGGUUCCACAGGCAAUUACCGGAGCGAGGAGCAGGCAUGCGCCGUUUUUUGCCUGCCUUCGUGGAACUUUGGCAAAGCAGAAUAUGGGGGACUGCGGAACACGACAACGCCGACUCUUGGCUCCUUAAUGCUGACCCCAUCCAUAAUAUUCUCGCGGAAGAAGCUCCAGGGCUCGUCUUCGGUUUCGGUACAUUUGGUAGUCGGUCUAGUGCAACCGAGCAAUACUACAAGACGAUAUACACUCAUGCGGAGAAGGCACAGGCUGGCUUCACUCAUGAUUUCGCCCCCGCUGAGGGCAUACCACCCUCUAGUCAAUCAUCGUCAACCGUUAUUGUGCUGGAAGACGAUGACGCAAGCGAAGGAGGCAAAGGCAGCGUUGUUGCUAGUUCCUCGAGCGUAAUCGAGACAUCUACGACUCUCGUCUGCGCGCGAUGUAUGGAUCCCCUGGUCCUACCAGCAGCAGGUGCAACGACAGAUGAGGAGAGGAAGACACGAAAGAUUUGGGCUCUCAGAUGCGGUCACAUGUUGGAUGGCAAAUGUGUCGAAGAGCUCAUGUGUCCUACUCCUGAACAGUCUAACAUUGUCGCGGAGCCGGAACUUCCAGCGGAUCCCCAGGGCAAGGGCAAGGGCAAAGUGGUCGAGCGUGCUCGAGCUAUUGAUGCGGAGCGUGCAACAUCCUCUCAGAGCAGUGGAAAGGGGAAGGGGAAGGGAAAGGCGCCUGCUUCGACGGAUCGUAAAGGCAAGGGCAAGGCAACGGAGUCGCCGCAGAUCGAGACCCCUAUGCCAGGAGCGUUCCCUGAGUCGCCUGUCAAGCAUGAAACAGAAUCGACGGAUGAUUCUAUCCGUUCACGCCUACGCCCUCGUCACCCUCGAGGACCUGCCGAGCCUGGCUCAAGUACAACUGCUGAGUCUUCAUCUUCGGCGUUCCCGCCAUUGUCAACGCGGCCGGUCCGCUCGCUACCACGUCGGCGCAGUACGCCCGCUCCAGCACCCAUGCGUUCCCGCGCGAAGGGUAAGGGAAGGGCCAGGAACAAGCCGUUGAUUGAGGCUCAGUAUGAGUGGGAGUGUCCUGUCGUGGGCUGUGCCCGCGUCCACGCUAGCGUCUUCAUUGAUGGUGAGUGGAAGAUGGAAGAGGAGCGCGGUGCGAUCGCUGUGUUUGUAUGA